CAGAAUGGAUCUGGGGAGAUAUCGGUGCAAAGCAUGAGUGAGUGGGGGCUUGUAACAACAGCUGGAGGCCUACGUAAAUCACAAUGGCGGCGGGGGGAAUUAUGAGUGGCAUUUGCCAGUGUCACACAUUUGUUCAGUGAACGUACACGUCUCAAUAUUGUACAAUUAUUUCCGACGUUAUUCUCUAUUUUUAUUGUAGGCCGAACGUGCUGUCGUUGCGUAUAGGGACUUGGUUACAGUGUUCAGUUUGUGCGUGCAUUUUGUCGGCCUUGAGAUAUUAAUUUAGUGUCAGGUGCGGUAAAUUGAUGCAUCUGUCACAUUCGAAUGGUUCAUUGCAGAAUGUUGGGGGCAGGUGCGCCCGCGGCUUUCCUAGUGAAUGAUAAGGGUCGCUGAAUGGGUUACGGUUUGGGAGGCUGCGCUGUUCGAGAUUUCUUGAUCAUACGAGGCAUGCUUCCGGGCGAGCGGUCAGAGACGUUACAGAGCGCACGGUGAACAGCCACAACGAUAGACCAAGCAUCGAUGCUUCGUGCAGUCAGGAUGGAGGAGUUUGUUACUGAGGAAGAUGAGCCAUGGUACGACCAACGGGAUUUGGAGCAGGACCUGCACCUGGCAGCUGAGCUGGGGAAGACCCUUUUGGAGCGCAACAAGGAGCUGGAGGACUCCCUACAACAGAUGUACAUAAACAAUGAGGAACAGGUGCAGGAGAUCGAGUACCUGUCCAAGCAGCUGGAGAUGCUGAGGGAGAUGAACGAGCAGCAUGCCAAGGUCUACGAGCAGCUAGACGUGACGGCCAGAGAGCUGGAGAUCACCAAUGAGAAACUGGUUAUAGAGAGCAAGGCCUCGCAGCAGAAGAUAGACAGGUUGACGGGUACCAUGGAGACACUGCAGGCUCAAGUGGAUACCAUGACAGCUCGUGUGGAGGAACUACGUACACUAGAGGAGCUGAGGAACCACAGAGAGGAACGGGAGCGACGCAAGAAUGUCCACUCCUUCCCCUGCCUUAAAGAACUCUGCACUGCACCAAAAUAUGAGGAUGGCUUUCUGGUGGCCAACCCCGGCAGUGUGGACCUGGUGUCUGAGCGUGAGCGCCGGCCGCUGGACGAGGAGAACGAGCGUUUAAAAGGUGUGGUCUCCUCCCUGAGGUCCGCCAUGGUGGCAGAACGGGGCCGGAGGGAGGGGGCAGAGAGGGAGUGCACAGCUGUGCUGCAGGAGUUUGAGCUUAUGGAACAACGCCUCCUGGGUGCUGAGGGCUGCCAGCUGCGAGUGCAGGAGCUGGAGGCGGAGCUACAGGAGAUGCAGCAGCUGAGGAGGUCCCGGGUCUGUCUGUUGGAUGAGGGUCUGGAGCAGACUCUGCUCAACAAUGCCCCGGAGACCGACACACCCGAGGAGGGACCGGGGCAAAAGGAGGGAGCGGAGGGGAUGGGGGAGUCUGGGGGGACAGGAGGAGGGGGGCAGCAGGGAGGCCCAGUGAGGAAGAGCUGCAGCGACACGGCACUCAACGCCAUCUCGGCCUCCGACGCCUCUGGCAGGCGACAGGGCAGCUACGCAAUCCACGCCAACGGCGUUCGCAAGCGGGGCAUGUCCAUCCUGAGGGAAGUGGACGAGCAGUACCACGCCCUGCUGGAGAAAUACGAGGAGCUGCUGGGGAAGUGCCGGCGCCACGAGGAGAGCAUGUGCCACGCGGGGGUGCAGACGUCACGCCCUGUCUCCAGAGACCCCUCCAUGAAGGACUACAGCAUGGCCACCCCCAGCCCCUCAGCCAUGGCUGCUGCACCCCCCACCCCGCCCCAGACCCCCUCUACUCCAGAGGCCCUGGAGGGCAUCAGCCGGCAGGUAGACCAGGUGGACAAGCGGCUGGGCCAGAACACCCCAGAGUACAAGGCCCUGUUCAAAGAGAUCUUCUCCCGCCUGCAGAAGACCAAGAGUGAAGUGAACUCCACUAAGGGAGUCCCCAAGGGUAGAAAGUCCCCACGGGUUGGAAGUCCUAAGGGAAGAAAGUCCAAAGACAAAUGAGCUGCUUUCGUGAUACUAGUGAACAUGCACUGAAAACAAUGGGUACAAAAGCCACAGAUUUUCUUUCUGAAUUAGUUUCUCUUUGUUUGACCGUGUUUGUUCAAAGUGGUCACUUGAUGACAGGUUACCUGUACUUCUGCACUGGGGAAAUGAUACAAUCUACUGUGGAUGAUCCCUCAGCUGUUUUAUCCAUCUCUCUGGACACUGCCACGUUUUAUCCAUCUCUCUGGAUACUGCCACGUUUUAUCCAUCUCUCUGGAUACUGACACGUUUUAUCCAUCUCUCUGGACACAGACACGUUUUAUCCAUCUCUCUGGACACAGACACGUUUUAUCCAUCUCUCUGGAUACUGACACGUUUUAUCCAUCUCUCUGGAUACUGACACGUUUUAUCCAUCUCUCUGGACACUGACACGUUUUAUCCAUCUCUCUGGACACUGACACGUUUUAUCCAUCUCUCUGGACACUGACACGUUUUAUCCAUCUCUCUGGACACUGCCACGUUUUAUCCAUCUCUCUGGAUACUGCCACGUUUUAUCCAUCUCUCUGGAUACUGCCACGUUUUAUCCAUCUCUCUGGACACUGCCACGUUUUAUCCAUCUCUCUGGAUACAGCCACGUUUUAUCCAUCUCUCUGGAUACUGCCACGUUUUAUCCAUCUCUCUGGACACUGCCACGUUUUAUCCAUCUCUCUGGAUACUGCCACGUUUUAUCCAUCUCUCUG